UUCAAAUUUGAGGUUAUUUACAAGAAAGACUUGAAAUAUUGCAAAUUAUAACUUGAUUUAAUUAGGAAAAGUUCAUUGAAAAGAAAUAGAUAUUCAACAAAAGUGCAAAAUGUUUAAGAAAAUGCUAUCACGGACACUAAUGCAUUUACAGAAACCCAGUGUUUUAUCCGGACAAAGCUCUGUUUGUAGAGUUACGCAUUUGAGACAAAUACAUUGUGGAGUUUGUUUAGGUCAUCCUCGACAUACACCGAAACCAAACAAGCAGAGUCAAGCGACCCCGGCCAUAGCCGGCAAGUACCAGGUGAUAACAGAAGAUAAUUCGCCUGUGAUCGAGCACACCGUCGAUGAAUUACAUGCAGAAGAAAAGUAUCCCCUAUUAAGCGAUGAAUUUGAUGGCAUAAAUCUUGAAAGAGGUAAAAACGGUGUUUUUGAAAUUGAAGAUUUAGUAGACUUACUUCAGAGGGAGAAUUCUAGAGAUAUAUUUGUAGCUACAGUACCAAGAGAAAUCAACUAUUGUGACUACAUUGUUGUAGUCAGUGCCCGCAGUAAGAGGCACAUUCGAGCACUGGCUGAGUUUGUUAGAAAAGUCUAUAAGAAAAAAUGUUACAAACAUGAUCCAAUACCAAGGCUUGAAGGGAAGGAUUCUGAAGAAUGGAUUGCAUUAGAUUUAGGUAAUAUUGCUUUACACGUUUUCUCUGACAAAGUGAGACAAAUAUAUGAUUUAGAAACACUUUGGGCAGUCGGGCCCGAGUAUGAUGAACAAAUCAACAAGAAGAGUGAAGUUGUAGAAAUGUUUGAGAACUACAGUUCAUACUUGAAGGACCUGAAGCCGUUGUCAUAGCUGUGUAGCUCGUUCAUCUGUACAUAAUUAUAAUAGUUUCUUUAUCAUUUUGUGUGUGUUAUAGAAAUUGAAAAACCAUUAAAAGUCUCAUAUAAAAUGUUUAUUUUGCUUAAUCAUUACAUUUAAGAUACAUAAAAUGUAGAUUGUAUAAUUCAAUCACAUUGUAAAUAAUAAUGGAACAAUUACAA